AUGAACAUGCUCCGCCGCAUACACCGCAUACCCUCAAUUACGUCCCCCGCCGGUUUAUCACGACCGUUUACAUGCACCGCCCUGCAGGCCAAGAACCUGCCGCCGCGACCAAAGCCGCCUCCAGACUCUGAAAUUGAAGAGUCCUUCCUCAAGGGCUCUGGGCCAGGUGGACAAAAGAUUAAUAAAACAAAUUCGGCGGUUCAAUUGAAACAUGUCCCCACAGGCAUAGUCAUCAAAUCACAAGCCACUCGGUCGAGAAGUCAAAACCGCAAACUCGCGCGCGAGCUGCUCGCUCAAAAGUUAGACGACUUACUUCAUGGCGAGCAGAGUCGCUCAACUAUAGUUGGAGAAGUAAAAAGGAAAAAGGCUGCUAGUGCGGCAAAGAAGAGCCGGCGCAAAUAUAGGAAAUUGGAGGAGGAUAGGGCAGCUGAUCAGACCCAGAACGAGGACUCAACGACAUCACACGAGCCAUCCGCUAUCUCUAAUGACCCUUGGACAACAGAUGUUCAUAUACAAGAAAGCAGACAUCCUCAGGAUGAGAAUAAAAAACCUUGA